AUACUCCUAACUUCUACUUCAAUUUUGUGGAAAUUUCAGAAAAAUUGAAAAAUACGCCCAACUCAACUAAACCUCUCAAUUCCAUUUAUCAAUUCAUUCAUUCAUCCACCCUUUUAAGCCAACUAAUAUCAUCUGUAGAGAGAGAAAAACAAAGUGUUAUUUAGAGAGAGAAAAUAAAUACUGGGCAGAUUCACAUCUGUAAAAAUAAAAACUCUCUAAAAGAUUCCAACACUCCCAAAUUUCCGCCGAAUUUCAAUUUGGAUUUGAACUUUGAAAGAUUUAAGGUAAGAUGGCAAGAAUAAAGCCACAAGCUUUAUUGCAGCAAAGCAAGAAGAAGAAGGCACCAAGUAAAAUCAGUCUUACAACAAUUAUUUUGUUCAGUUUGAUUGUUUUCAUGGUUGUGUUCUUCAUUUUCUCCGCAUAUCGGCAUUUUUCUCACAGGUCUGUGAACUCAGAGGAGCAAGUACGUUUUGGAGGUCGUAAGGGUCUCAGUGAUCUGAAGAAUACAGAAGUUCCAAAAUAUGCGAUCAUCCAUACUUCAAAAGGUGCCAUUGCUGCUGAACUAUUCAAGGAUGGAUCUCCUGAAAUCGUUGAUGAAUUUAUUGAGUUAUGUCAGAAAGGGCAUUUCAAAGGGAUGCAAUUCCACCGCGUGAUAAAACAUUACGUGAUACAGGCAGGGGAUGUACACAGUAUUGGACCUGCUGAAGAAUGGACUUCUAAGGGGAAGCAAUACAACCAACUUGAUAUAAGUGUAAAGCAUGAGGCGUUUAUGCUUGGAACCUCCAAGACAAAGCACGACAAUAAAGGAUUCGAGCUUUAUAUAACAACAGCACCCAUUCCCGAUCUUAAUGAGAAAAUAACUGUUUUUGGAAGAGUUAUCAAGGGAGAGGAGGUUGUCCAGGAAAUCGAGGAGGUGGACACAGACAACCAUUAUGUACCUAAAUCUGCCAUUGGCAUUAUGGAUGUGACCCUUGAACAGAAGUUGUAGACGAAAUUUUGGUGUCUGCUUGAUUUCAGAACUUCCAUUCCUGGAGGUUUUUGAUGGCAGAGUUUUACAUAUGCAAAUAUUGUGAGUUUCUCAAUCAUUGUAGUUGUUUUGUUGGAAAUUUUCUAGCCCGUUAUAUUCCUUCCCAACUCUGCUAAAGCGUCCUGAAGUUUCUCCAACACCUCGCAAAGAAGGUGAACGAGUGAGAGAAGAAAAAAAAAUGAAAACUGAUGAUAUAGUUCUAGAUUUUUGUUUAUAUUUUGGAAUAGCAGUGAGAUUACAGUAGUCAUAGGAGAUCUUUGAUAAUCAGAAACUUGUCAACUCCAUGUUUUUCUUUUUGAUAUUGUAAGCUUAAUGUUUUGUGAAGAGUUAAAAGAUUCUGGCUUUGCAACUUGCAAGUUCUUUGUCUGCUGAUGUCAAAUUCUCCAGCAAACUAUGGUUAAUGCGUUUCACUGCUAAGUACUUUGCUUGUAUGCACUUUGAUUGAGAUUUACAAGUGCAACGAAAUAUGAUAGUUCAAGGGCGCA